UCUUGCUUUCUUCUUCUCUUUUUACCUUUAUUUUCUUUUUCCUUGCACCUUUCUUCCCGUUUCUAGACGACCGCGAUAGAUAACCAAAAUGGCACAACCCCAACCACAACCAGCAGUGACACAACAGGGACCGGGUUCACCUACUUUACAAAACACGCAAGCACAACAACAAGCACAACAGAUACAACAACAGCAACAACAUCAACAACAGCAACAGAUGCAAGGACUCUAUCCGGGGUUUAUGGGAGAACAACCUGGAAUUUUGGAUAACCUGAAACGUAAGAUCCGAGAAGCCGCUGGUUACAACAGAAUGAUUGAACCGAUGACGAUGGCUCGGUAUGGCGGAGGAGUGGGAGGUGGAGGUAUGAUGGGUGGAGGAAUGAUGAUGCCAAAUCCUUCCAUGUAUUCUCAUAUGAUGCCGAAUGCCGGUAUGAUGGGUGGUAUGGACGAAAUGAUGCAACAGCAACACCAACAACAACAACUACUACAAUUACAACAAUUACCUCCGCAACAACAACAGGCUAUUAUGAUGGCCAUGAUGAUGAUGAUGGGCGGUGGUGGUGCUGGUGGUGGUGCUAACAUGAUGGGCGGUGGUGCCAAUAUGAUGGGUGCUGGCGCGAAUAUGAUGGGUGGCGGCUUACAACAACAAUUACAGCAAAAUCCAAUGCUUGCAAACCUAUUAAUGAGCUCUGCGGGAGGGAUGGGUGGUAUGAACGGUCUUGGUGGGAUGGGUGGUAUGAACAGUAUGACUGGCAUGAACGGCAUGGGUGGUUUGGCUGGCAUGGGCGGCAUGGGUGGAAUGAAUGGUAUGACUGGUAUGGGUGGGAUGGGCGGUAUGGCUGGCAUAGGUGGGAUAGGUGGUAUGACAGGUGCAUUGACACCAGGUACCUCAAUUAUGCCGAAUUCGCUUGGAAGUAGUAGUAACAUGUUACAACAACAACAAAUGAUGGCCAUGUCAAAUCCUUAUCAACAACAGCAAAUGAUGGGCUAUCAGGGAGGUAAUGGUUACGGUCAAUCGCAACAGAUGAUGGCAUAUCCUGGCGGAGGUGCAUAUGGUGGUGGAGGUGGCGGUGGUUAUGGUGGCUACUCAGGUCAGCAUGGAUAUGAACAACCGUCAAAUUAUUAUUACGGAAAUGGAUCAUCGCCAUAUGGUGCAGCAGGCGGAUACGGACGAGGAGGAGGUGGAGGUAUGGAUCCAUACAGUAGCUACCAAGACCCAUACGAUACAUACGGACCAAAAAGAGCGGGAUACUUCUAAAUUCUCUUCAUACUUUAUCUUUUAUCAUACCUUUUACAAUUACUAUUUCUCAAUAAUUAAACCCCCAAUAUCGUUUAUCACAGCCCCUCAUCAUCACUGUAUAAUUAAAACUCCACAAGGUACAAAGGUUAAAAAAGAGCAUCAAGAUGACGUGCAACAGGCCAACGGAACACAAGUUGCCACAAACCAACUAUUUUUUUUUCCCUUUUUUGUUACUUCUCCUUCAUCUCUCCUAUUUUAAUUAAGAAGCAUGGAUAAUCAAUUAAUUAAAACUGGUAAAAGACAAAACUAAUCAAGACAAAAAAUAAAAAACUCAAUAGUUUAUGUGUAGUCAACAAGUUACAGGAUGCUUU